UUCAGACCCCUCAUCAAAGACAGUCCGGCUAGCGUGGAUGAAUAGACCGGAGGAGGGAGGACUGGGUAUAUGUUCCAGCACGUCUGUUAGGAUAUAAAAGCGCAUUUCGUGUUUACUCAGACCACAAAAGCGUCUCGAAUCUGCUAUUUGUGAUUUUUAUUUUUGUUAUUCUGAAUCAGACAAUACGGAGUUGCUUUAAAAGGGAUCCGCUAGCGGUACACACACACGCGCGCGCGCGCGCACACAGGGAUCAGAAUGGAUGGAAAUGUUAGGGCUGUACCCCAGUUUUUCCGCUCGAGCAAGAUCUCUGCCAGUGAUUAGAGGAAUCUAGCCGGUGAUCGAGUCCGGUUACAGCGACAGGACAUGAGGAUGUGAGAUAGUGAUCGGAAUAAGCAGCUCAGACGUAUAAUAAUCAUUUCACUUCUCUGAAUUCCUUCGGGAGGAUGUCAUCGCUCGCCUCGGAGCUGUGAAGCACGGCGGCUGCUGCUGACACUCCCGCCGCCGGCGUGUGAACAACAUGGGGGACCCGAGCCAGUCCAGCCAGUGGAAAAAGACUUUCAUUGUUCCUGCAAUCAAAUCUAUUGAGCAUUAUGAUUUUAACAGAGCUAAAAUCCGCGCAAGCCUCACAUGGCUCGUGGCCAAAGCCUUUGGUACAGACAGCAUCCCGGACAAACUGAAGGAUCCAUUUUACACAGAUCAAUAUGAGCAGGAGCAUGUGAAGCCGCCGGUGGUCGACCUGCUGCUCUCGGCUGAGCUGUACUGUCGCGCGGGCAGUCUGAUCCUCAAAAGCGAUGCUGCCAAACCACUGCUUGGCCACGACGCUGUCAUCCAGGCCCUGGCUCAAAAAGGCUUGUAUGUGACUGUCCAUGAGAGACUGGUCACUGAGAGAGACCUGUCCAUGAGACCAAUUCAGAUGAGUGCCCACCUGGCGCUGAUUGACACUUUGAUGAUGGCCUAUACGGUGGAGACGGUGAGUAUGGACAAGGUUGUAGCGUGCAUGCAGCAGUAUUCUACCGACUGCGCUGACGGAGACACGCCCUAUGACACGGAGGAUGCCGUCAUUAGCUGGAUGAAUAAGGUGAACGAAUACUUGAAAGAGAUCAUCAUCCAGGAGCAAAGCAGGAGAGAGGCACAGAGGGCCGAGCCCCUUGAGAUCCCUAAGUCUCCAACCAAAUGGUAUAUGAAGCUGGUUCCUGCCCGCUAUAGGAAGGAACAGACGUUGCCUAAAACAGUACCAUGGAUCCCCCCAGUGGACAACCUGCUGAAGGACAGCACAGAUGGCUGCGCCCUUGCUGCGCUGCUGCACUUCUACUGCCCUGACCUUGUCAAACUAGAGGACGUGUGCCUGAAAGAAAGCAUGUCUUUAGCGGACAGCUUGUACAAUCUGCAGCUCGUUCAGGACUUCUGCCGCGAGCACUUGAACCGCUGCUGCCACUUCAGCCUGGAGGAUAUGCUCUACGCCUCUUCUUCCAUCAAAAACAAUUACCUUGUGUUUGUGGCUGAGCUCUUCUGGUGGUUUGAAUUGGUUAAGCCAUCUUUUGUGCAGCCUCAGGUUUUGGUCGAUGAAGCACCAUCUCCAUCACUGAAGAAUGUUCCAUCUGUGCCCAUCUCAAAAGUCACCAAGAGAAGUUUCAUGGAACGGCCUCCCAGUCCAGACAGACCAAGUCUCCCGCUGCGACAACAGCCUUUAACAAUAAACUCAGGUGAGAUCAGGCGAUCAACCUCCAUGUCAUUUGUUGACAGUUUUUUGGGGACUUGGCCCACGGAGAGGAGGUCAGGGACUCAGGGUGUGUCCUUUGAUAUCCCAUUAGAUAAGGGCGACACCACUCAAACUAUUACACAACCCAGACGGGGUAUGACCAGGUCUGUAAGCACUGAGGGAUUUGGGCUCAAAGUAGCCAAGGGAAUGAAGCGAAAUCUGUCCUUCCAACCUGUUAUUGGCCAAAACAUUGGUAUUGAGGAAGAAGGCUGUGCAGAUACUCUUGUGGGAAUCCACCAUGGUGGUCUGAAUGGCACAGCACCAAGUAGCAUUGAGGAAGCCCUAGAAAUAAUCAAUAAUUCAGAAAAGCAACAGGAGGACACCGGGGUUGAGGCAGAGAAUGAAGGUUUCUUCCUUCAUAUGCAGACCAAAGAACUGAUGCCCAAAACCCAAGAUGAAGGGGGAGACUCUGUUUCAGAGGCCAUGGGGAUUUCAAGUGCUUCAACUAUGGAGGUGGACACUGGAAUUCACGUAAAGACAGAAGAUAUCCAAGAGACUCUGGAUGAGGACUCAUCGCUUAGAGACUGCACAACAAGUAUGGAGUUAGAUGCAGACCAGUGCUUUGAGGCUAGAGCAAGUCAUAGCCAGGAUUCCAUUAGUUCAUAUCCCAGCAGUGUUGGUACCAAGUCUCCUAUAGCUGAUACUCCCAUAGGAGUUAAGAUGACCAGCUUUGCUGAACAAAAGUUCAAAAAACUCAAUCCAAAUGCAGAGCCCAAAGGGGGAAACUCUCAGGGGACUACACCAGACAGUUCAGACCUUAACCUUUCCCACUCAGUCUCCUGGGCCCCCUCACCAGAGACAAGCCCUGUCCACCAGCCACAGAGGGAUCCGGCGCAAGCCAUGGCUGCUGAAAUGGUGCAGCUGCGUAUGCGGCUGGAAGAGAAACGCAGAGCCAUAGAAGCUCAGAAGAAAAAGGUGGAAGCUGCCUUCACACGACACAGACAAAAGAUGGGGCGCAGUGCCUUUCUCACAGUGGUCAAGAGAAAGAAUGAUGGUGCCUCACCAAUCCAGGAGUAUACCACAAGCUCAGAGGCUACCAAGACACUAUCUGAUACUGCAAAAUCUCCAGAAAAGUCUCCUGUCAAGUCCCUUAGUGAGGAGAGCAUGUCUGAGACAGACUUGCUGGAGUACACGCGUUCUAUCGAGAAGUUGAACACUUCUCUGAGCUUUUUGCAGGCAGAGAUGCAACGGCUAGCCCAGCAGCAGGAGAUCAUCAUGCAAAUGCGGGAACAGCAGGCCUGGGUUGUGUCUCCACCACAGCCUUCACCCCAGAAACAGGUACGGGAGCUUAGAGGAAGUGGAGCUCGCUCCUCAGGUUCCCCCUCACCAGCUGAUUCCCCGCAUACCACCCAUCGCUCCCCUACCAAUAUCAAGAGAAAGUCAGCUUCCUUCCACUCCAAAACCCCACGGACACCCAGGCCUACUGAACUGAAGAUCACUCCAUUCAACCGAGUUCUCACUGUACCCCAGUCUGUGGACAGCUUACCUCGUCUGCGCAGAUUCUCACCUUCGCAGUCUGUAUCCAGCUCUUUUGCAUACUUUGGAAAUGACCUAAAACCAAGCAAAAAUAAUAUGCAAGCUGAUACCUUGUGUACAGAAGGUACUGCUUCUGAUCUCACUUUACCAACCAAAGACAUACAGCAGACUGAAACGGACAUUGCAGAUUCAAGAACCAAGGAGUUCGAGAACAGUGUGGAGCAAAAUGGAGAGAUGAAAGAUGAUGGAAAACAGUCAGAAGGAGAAAUUAAGCCCACAGUGGAAUCUAGUGUUUCUGAGGUGUUGUCACAAGCUGUAAAAGAAACAUUCAUAGUAACGCCUACUGAGAAGCCAAUAGAUUUAGUUAGUCAAAGCAACAAAAGCUUGAUCGAAGUGCCACUAUCAAUCCUAAAGCCUCUCGAAGGACAGGAGUUGGAAGAGUGUGGAGAGACACUGACAGCAGGAGAGAACCAGGAUGAUGACCAGAAGAUGUGCUGUGGAUUCUUCUUUAAGGAUGACAUGAAGGGGGAGGACAGCAUGGCACUGAAGCGAGCUGCCCUGCUGGAGAAGAGGCAGAGGAGGGAGCGGGAGAAUCAGCAGAGGAAGCAGCAGCUGGAGGCUGAGCUGGAGCAGAAGAAAGAGGAGGCUAGAUUAAAGGCCGAAGAAGAGCGGCUGAAGAAGGAGGAGGAGAAAGCCAGACGGGAGUUCAUCAAGCAGGAGUACCUGAGGAGAAAGCAGCUCAAGCUCAUGGAGGACAUGGACAUGCUGGUGAAAACUCGGCCUGCCACGGCUAAGCAAAAGAAGCCACGGCCCAAAUCCAUUCACCGGGAUGUGAUUGAGUCACCCAAGACUCCUGUUAGGGCAACAGCAGGUUCACGACCUCGUGUUUUUUCAGUGUCCAGUAUCUCUUUGGCCUCCCUCAAUCUGGGAGACAACGAAAGUGUCAGCUCAGAGAAGCGAACCCCCAGUAGGCCUGACUCGGCUGACAGCUUCCUGUCUCCUUCUCGGUCUGAGAGCCAUAAUGGAGAGAAAGACUGGGAAAAUGCUUCCACCACCUCCUCCGUCACGUCUAUCACUGAAUACACAGGUCCUAAAUUGUACAAAGAGCCCAGUGCCAAGUCGAACAAACAUAUUAUUCAGAACGCUUUGGCUCAUUGUUGUCUGGCUGGGAAGGUCAAUGAAGGUCAAAAGAACAAGAUCCUGGAGGAGAUGGAGAAAUCGCAGGCCAACAACUUCAUAAUCCUGUUCCGUGAUUCGGGCUGUCAGUUCCGCGCUGUUUACACAUACUGCCCCGACACAGAGCAGAUGAACAAGCUGGCCGGCAUCGGGCCCAAAAGCAUCUCGCGCAAGAUGAUCGACGGCUUGUUCAAGUACAAUUCUGACCGGAAGCAGUUUAGCCAAAUCCCAGCUAAGACCAUGUCUGCCAGUGUCGAUGCCAUUACCAUCCACAGCCACUUGUGGCAGACCAAGAAGCCGGGAACACCGAAGAAAGUAGCACCCAGCAAGUCCUAAGAUUUUAUAUCGGCUCUCUCUCCUGGAGUGCUUCUGAUCUCAGCAAUGCUCUCUUUCGUUGUACGUAUAAACUCCAACCUGCACUGCGCAGAAUUCUGCAUCUUUGUCAUGGAACACAACCCACACUUGAACUAAAGUAAAAUAUGCACAACUGGAUUGUAAACCAAUAUGGGCUUUUUAGUGGAUCUCACUCCUGUAUUUAAAACCUGAGCGCCUCAUUGCAGUUCAGUUAAAGCACGUGUGUGUGUGGCUGGGUGGGUGAGUGUGUGUACCUUUUAUAUGUGGCAAGAACACGGUAAAUAAUGAAAUGAUGAAAUAUGACUGAUAUUUGGUAAACUGAAGCACUGAAUGUCAUUUGUCUGUAUAAAGAGAAAUGUUGCAUAUACAUUUGUUAACAUGUGGCCUUGGUUUCAAGUUCUUUGGUUGUUUUAUAGUAUGUAAUGAACUGAUCUUAUGUAAGAUAUUUACCAUUAAAGUGUUUGUUUUAUUAUUA